AUGAAAACAAAAUUUGUAUUCUCAUUCACCGUUUUGGCUCUCUUCCUCCUUUUUGUGAUAGUAACAGGAGUGGUUGGAGAUGUAAAACAAAAAGUACAAAAGAAAAAAAUAUGGUGCUUGAGGCCUUUACCUGAUCAAAAACCUGGGAAAUGUGUCAUCAAAGACUGUGAGUCUAAAUGUAAGGAGAAGUGGAAAGGGAAUGGUACAGAAGCUUCAUGUCGUCCCCAAUGCAACUGCCACUUUCGUUGCCCAUGGCUUCAGGGCCAGGCCUGACAAAUAUGAGUGCUAAAUUAUUGAUCUAACUGCAAAUGUUGAUUAAGAAUUUAA